AUGAGGUUAAUCGCACUCAUUGGUAGUGUUCUAACCGUACUGCCAGAUCUUGUAUCAGGGCAAACUGAUCAGAAAGGAACAGUAUGCGGUAACCAAAGAUUUGGCAGUUUAAACGAUUCCCUGUCAUAUUACCCCAAUGCAUGGAACAAAAAAAGCCCCAAAAGUGGCUUUGCUUGUCUCAAAGUUGACAACAGCACACCAGCCUUUGAUGCGACAUGGAAUUGGGACAAGAACAUCCAAGACGUACAUUCUUUCCCAUACGUACGCUUCAACCACCCGAAUUUACCCAUCCGCCUAAGCAGUCUUGAAUCGAUACGUCUAUCAACCGAUUGGACCUAUACACCAGGGAACCCAAGUCAACCACCUCGAGAUUUCAGCAGUUCAAAAUGGGCAGAGAACAAAGCUCAAUUGAACAGCAAGGGCGUGCAGGCCAAUGCGGCUUGGGAUUUCUUCCUCGAUGACGAUCGGAAUAGAACUCUAUAUCCCCAAGUUGCGGCCGUUGAGAUCAUGGUCUGGCUUGGAUCUGUCGGAGAUCCAUGGUGGCUAGGGCGAGCGAAUAAUAGCAUUAUAUCGACUGUAACUCUGGGCAAAACAGAUUUUUCAUUGUUCUACGGUCGCAACUCGGGUGGAACCCACGUCUUCACGGCCGUCACCAAAGACAAUACAGACAUCAUCUCUUUCGAGGCCGACUUCUAUCCGCUUUUCAAGUUCGUCCUUGAGCAAGCGCGCAAACAUAUUGAUGCACCAAAUGAUCUACCGAAAAAUCCCUGGUUAGGCAUCAUCGAAUUUGGGACCGAGACAUGGUUGUCGAAUGGCAACGUCACCUUCACAGCUGCCAACUUUGCGAUGGAUCUGAAGGGUAAUGUGUCCGAGAAUGAUGGCAACUCGACUGGAUCAGGGAAUGGAGGUAACAAGACUACUGGUGAUGAUGGAGAUAAAGGCGGCGACAGAGACAAAGGAAGUGGUAAUGAUGAUGGGGAUGACUCGACCAGCAAGGGCGACGAAGAAGACGAUGCGCGACGGUUAAUGAGUCAAUCAGUGCUGGGAUACGUCGUGACAGCAGCGUUGGUAAUCAGUGCCAUCCUAUCAUAA